CCAAUACUAUGUCUCUGUGAUCAGAGAAAAUUGUAGUUUUGCCCGCCACAUAUGCGAAGUGAGGGAGUAGGCUAUGUGAGAUGCAAGAGGGCUUUGAGAAGCCUUAAAAGCUCAUGCCCACAGAUGAUGUGUGGAUGGCACGGGCUGUGCCAGACUGGGCAACAGGUGGCGCUGGGUUCACACAGCAGGACGUGGGUGUUUUAGCCCUGCUGCAUCGAUCCUCAUGUACACACAAACACAGAGACAUACACACCCAAAGCCGGCUGAGUCACAAAGACAAUACACUUGGGGGCCUGCUUCUCUGCAUGCUGCAAGCUGGAAAGAUUAGAAAAGGAAGGGGACUCUUCAAGCUUCAGAUUGUCUGGUAGGUAACAGACAAUAGGAGUGCAUUAACUCAAGCCACUGCUCCUGGCUUAAGUGAGAAAAUCACUCACGUGUGUUCACAAGACCUAUGUUCCAGCAACAGAAUUGUCUCACCACUCAUGGAUUGCAGCCAAGUCAUCUGUAUGAGACUGUAGCAAUGUGCGGCAGGCCUCUGGUCCGCCCAUACAGUCUUGGAUCAGUGUGUGUGAAGACAGUAGAGGAGGAGGCAGUGAAGCAUCCUUGAGAUCACGUCAACACUACAUACAGGUCCCACUGGGAGUGGCGCCUACGCAAUUCAGCCUUCCUGUGACCUGCAUACAUGAGCUGUUGCAUGGCUCUGGCUGUCACCAGCAGAACUCUUCCACUCCUGCCAGCAUGGCCUGGCCCUGCCCAGGUUACCCAUGUCUCACGCCUGUGUUCCACUUUUCUCACGCCUUUUUUUUGUCACAUAAUGGAAGAUCCAAAGCAGUUUUAUUUUCCAUGGAAGAAGCUUCAUUUUCUUUCCCAUGUCAGCACUGCUGUAUGUCACACGUACUCUUACUCAGAGAGGGACGGAAUUGAAUAACCGUUCACAUUCCUUCCUUCUGUUUCACUUUUUCAGCUUUUUUCUUUUCCCUUUUUCAGUGCCCAGAGUCCACUGCACAAGACACUGGAGUCCAAGUACAAAUCCACAGAAACCGAACAGUGCUACUAGGAAUCCACUUCUCUCCUUCACAUGCCCAUUGCUCUUGAACAUCUCUUUUCUCCUGCACCCUUGCCCUUCACAAACACAUUCCUCACUUCCUUUCUUUUGCUUCUCUUUUGCUUGUCUACAGCUCUAAUGACUGUUGAGCUACAGCAGAGGUUGUUAAGUCAGUGUGGUCAUCACUUAUGCUGCAUUAGUGUGUAUCAUUUGAUUUCCCCCACCAUUCAGCUUUUUCUAGGCCAGCUUCCUCCGUCAAGUUGUUUUUUUUCUGUCAAGGAAAAGAAUACAGUGGUUUAAAAAAUCAGUUGUCCCAUACUAAUGGAGGCAUGUUUGGCAUUUAUAUGAGAAUAUUAGAUAUCUGUUAAUCGGAUAAUGUGUCCCUUGUGGGCAUUAAAGAGAAGUAAUCCUUUAAUCUAAUUAUGAGUGGAUAACCUAUAGCUAAGCUUAAGUCAUGCUACUGUUUUAUAACUGUAUAGAUAUGUUAUUUUAAACCCAUUAUUAAAGCUUGUAGGUUGCUAGAUGGUCCCACAUCUCUACUUUUUGGAUUCCCACAAUGUCUUUGACUUUUACUUUUUGGACAUAUAUUGAGGUCAAAUCAUCAAAUGUACAUUAUUUUAAACAUCAGUGUAUGCAUUUUUACCCCUAUAAUUGAAGGUAAAGGUACAAACUCUAAAGCCAUUCAGGAUUCAUCAUUCAGCAUCAACUUGCCAUAUUAUGUUCACAGUUCAUUUUCAGAAACCUUUGAGCGAAAAAAAAAAGAUAAAAUGUAAAUCCAUAUUCAGUUGUGUACACAUAUUUAUCCUUCUACAACGUGGCUUUUUCCAUAUAUAUGAGUUAGAUUAGCAAAUUUAGGAGAAGAGAGUUGUCUGGAUUGAUUUUAUUUUCAUGGAGGAGAGAGCUGAGCGUAGUAGGGAUUAUCUACUACUAGCUUGCCUUCCAUUCAGCAAGGACUGGCACCAGCAGUGUGAGUGGGUGGGAAAUGAGUGGGGGCUGCCUGUGUUUUUCAUGAGUCUGUUUCUGUCUUGUGUGGGCAUGCUCAAUAGUGUAUUUACACUUUCAUUAUAGAGGCACUGUAUAUUUGACGUUCUCUACCAGUGUCCUCAGAUGUCUGCAUGCACAUAAAAGGAAGAGAGUGUGGGUGGCUGUAGGGUUUCUGUUUGAUGCUGUUGUCCACGCAAGAGCUGGUGGGGUGUGAUGGCAGCACCAUUACUGUAUGAUUUCCAUAUGGAGGUGACACAUCUGUGCUAUUGCGGUGUGGGCUGAGAUACCCCUUUCCCCAUCAAGUAAAUGAAAAAAAGUAGCUUUCCAAUCUGAGAUGAUGAAAGAUUAUCCUUUCUCCACAGAUUUUUAGUCAGCAAAAAGGUUUCUUUAUUCCCCAGAGGACGCUUUUACUCUGCAGAACAACAACAAAAAAAAAGACUGCAAUUGAGAGCCAGUGAUGGGGAGAUGAAGAAAAGAGGGAGCAGUUAACUCUUCUCCCCUCCCCCUUCCUGUUCUUCGUCAACCCCUGUUCUCCCUGCUUCAAUGUUUGACGUCACACAAAAGAAGACCAAUGAGAGCAAUUGGACGUCCCCGUUUUUCUUCCCAGGCUCCUCCCCUUCCCAUGGUCCCUUAUAUAUCUCCCGUCACUACAUUCAGCACAGUGUACAAUGUGCUGCCAGAGAGCCAGCAGGCAGUGCACAGAGAAACAGCCAGAGAGGGAGGGAGAGAAAGGGAAAGUGCCGGACCUGACUACAAACGGGAUUCAAGAGGCCAACGCUGCAGUGUGGUUUCAGGAUCCACCAGCCCACACCGUUAGGAUGGGCUGUACGACAGGCCACCUGGCUUGCCAACCGCAGCCUCAGACCUCAGGGCAGGAGGGUCAGUCCCUGGAGGCUGGUGGUGCCAAAGUUCCAGAGGUGCUCUCCUCCUUGGAGCGUCUGUCCCAGGCCACUGGAGGCAUGGAGAAGUCCUGGUACCGCUGCAUCUUUCCCUUUGGAAUCAUCUCUUUGGUGAUUGGUGUAGCAGGGACAGGGGUGACCUACACCUAUAAUGACCUGCCUCAAACCAAAGUGGUGUCAGUGGUGCUACUCAUCAUGGGGAUUUUGCUGUUGCUGAUGGCCACUGCCUGUUGGACUGUCCACAAGAAGAAGAGAAGGAAAAAGAAAGAGGGAGGCUCAUUCACCUCUGAGCAAUGUCCCCUGUGAAACUCAUGGAGGAAACAGUUGUAGGAACUUGAAAGCAGAGACAUGCCCAGGGUUGGGAGCUCAAGGUUUGGCUAAGAAAGCCGCUACUCCACCUCCUCCUAGCGCCAAAUCCCCUCUAUUCUUUAUCACAGAGUUUGGCACAGCUCAUACCGGAGAUUACUUGGGCUGAGAAAUUAUAGAGAGAGGAGGGACAGAUAGACAGGACACUGAAGAUCUGUUUAGUCUGUGAGGUUUGGACCAUUUUGGAUUAGCAAGGAGGGAUCACCAACACCUCACACACUCUUUUAUCAUCAGACAGCAGGUGUCCAGUGUCAAAACAACCUCCAAGGAGACACACACAAAUAUGCAUUGCACGCUGCAUGCAUAUUUACACACAUGGAUACAUGGCCCUCACAGUCCUCACUCACAUAUGCACUAGCAGUCACAGUGGGAGCUCACACAGACACCCAACACGCUAUGCAGAGCUUCUGCUGGAGUCAAUGCUGGCGUCACUAGGCACGUCAGUCACAGCAUUCCUCCUGCCAGGACAGGUGACUCUCAAAGAGGCCAGAAGUGGGCCAAAGACGGCAACCUGAUACCCAGCUGAAAGAGCAGCGCACCCGCGUCAGCGGCCAGCGUCAUUCACUCGUCCUGUGACACCGCAGCAAUGUGUUGGGGGCUUUUUUUACGCAAUGGGAGAGUGGAACUUGAGUCCAGCAGGAUCUUACUGGCAUCUGUGUGGACGAUGAGCUGGAGAGGGCAGAGGACCUGCUGGGGAAGUGGAAGGUGUUAGCGUAUGCAUGUGGUCAAAUAAAGAUUCUGGUGAACUGAAAGACUGUUGGACCUUGGACUUCAUUGCUAAGGAACAAAAGAUUUGCACACAUGGCAAUGUCCAUGUCAUAAAAGGCCUUUUGUAGCUUCAGCUUCACAUUACAAAGGAGUGGGUCACUGACUUUCUGACUGACUGAUUGCUCUCCUGACAAUGUGCGAGCAUUUACGCCCAGCCUAGUGUCUACGUGGGGUACCUCACCUCCACACAGGCCAGGCCAGGAUUACUGAAGGACACUGCCCGAGGGAACAUGCCACUGCGGGGACACUUUGACUGAUCCUACUCUCCUACAGCCCCUCCCGCUUGGUGCCUUGAGCAAGAACACAUGGAAAAAGGCUCUGUCACAUUCCCCCACUUCCAUCUGAACUCCUGAGAAUAUCCCCCCUCGCUCGCUCUCUCUUUACCCCAUCAGGACUUUCCUCAUCCCUCCCACAUGCCUUUCCACUAUUUCCUCCAUCCAACAUCCUCAGUUUCUGCCUUGAUUCCAGUCAUUUCCUUGACAUAGCCCAGUGUGUACAGCCUUUUGAUACACAAAUUAGGACGCACACACUUAAAUUUAAACCCCACCAUCAACAGAUGUCUGUCUUUAUUUCUUUGUGCCAAAGAAAGAAGAUUAUUUUCUCUCUCACAGUGGAAAGAAUAUUGACUGAGAGUGAGUGGCAAAUCCCUUUGUCAGUCUGAAAAUAGGGUACAAGGCUGUUCUCUAGUGAAUACUGAUCAUGUUUGUGCUCUGAGUGACUCUGGGGUUUCCCUUUCCUACGCUUUUUCUUUCAGAGAGAGUGGCUGAAUGUAGCUGUGAAUAGGUUCUUUCUGUUGGUGUGUGGUCUCAUGAUGAGACACACAAUGGCAUUUUAUUCUUGUCUUAAACAUUCUUGCGUAGGACAGAAAACGCAAAUCACGGAAGGAGAAAGUGCAAUGUACAGAAUGUAUAGAGCUUGAAAGGAGUCUAGACUGUCUCCAGUGAAGGACUGUGUAGUAGCACCCCUUUACCCUUGAAAACUAUCAUUGAUCACUAUUGCAUCGAUCCCAGCUACCAUGUUAGUGACGUUUGUUGCUGAGUAAAAUGUGUCUAUGCAUCCAGAGGUAGCAGUUAAUACACAAUGCCAAAGACUUUCCAAUUACCCGGCUGCAGUCACCUUCCUGCUUCAAUAGAGAUUGCAGGGUACAAAGGAGUGAUGUCUGCGCAAUGUCAGUCUAUUCCCUCUUUUUUUUGAGACAAUGUUGCCUCAAAAAAAGAGAAUAAAAUGAUGAUGA